AGAGAGGGAAGAAGAAAUGUCCUGCCUGAAAAAUUUCCGUCCUCUCAUCUCAUGUGUGCUCCUCUUCAUCAUCCAGCCAGGUCGUGGGUCUGAGAUUAUUAAUGGGAAAGAAGUCGAGCCACACUCACUGCCUUAUAUGGCCUAUCUUAGAACUGUGACAAAUUCUUGGUGUGGAGGGACAUUAAUCCAUCCACAGUGGGUGCUGACAGCUGCCCACUGCACUGGGAGUUAUUGGGUGAUCCUGGGAGCCCACUCCAGAACGAAAAACGAAAGUUCCAAGUAUCAAAGAGUCAUUGAGAAAAGUUUUCCUCAUCCUGACUACUGUUGUGCAAAGAUAGACGAUGACCUCAUGUUGCUGAAGCUUAAAGAACCGGUGAGGAAAACCAGGGCAGUGCAGUGGCUCGAGAUUGGCGACACUGUGAGAGACCCGGCAGCUGGCAGCACGUGUCUGGUGGCUGGAUGGGGAGUAACUGAAAACAACCAAACAUCAGACGUCCUCAUGUCUGCCAAUGUGACUGUGGUGGACAGACAGAAGUGCAACUCUCGUGAUUAUUACAACCACAGACCUGAGAUCACCAAACACAUGAUAUGUGCUGGUUCAGAUGGUACAAACAUCGCUGAUACCUGUCAGGGGGAUUCAGGAGGGCCACUGUUGUGUGAUGGAGCGCUGGUUGGAGUCACUUCUUAUGGAGCAGGUUGUGGUAUCAUUACAAAACCUGGAAUCUACUCGUUUAUCUCAGAGAAACAACUGUACUGGAUCAAAACUACGAUGAAGUUAUUCUAAAUGUCAUGAAACCACAGCAUCAGUCUGCAUGAUUUGAUGUUAUAUUUGUCAUUGCUGUCUCUGUAGACCAUUAUUCAGUUUAUCAUUUCAUUGUUCUUCUUACAGUUUAUGAUUUUUUAGUUUCUGCCAGCUUACUAUACUUUUUUUAUAGAUUCUGCACUUGGUUAGUCCACCACAUGAUCUUAUGGCAGAUAAAUUGGGCUGACCUCUGAACCACAUUUUAGACCUACUGUAAAAAAAAAUUGGAAACACUGUUUGAAAUUUUACCAUCUUUCACCACAUAAACCAGACAGAUACAUGGUUAUAUCUAAUCAUCAUUUUUCCAAAUAAUUUAAAGAAUUCCCAAACAUGAGUGCUCCUGGUUGUUGCAGAUGAGUGCAGCUGCAGUAAAACCAGGAGAAGCAAUUUUUAUGUUCACACAAAAGCCAUGAAUGUAAAAUAAAACAGAGAGAUUAUUCAGACUGUCAAACAGACAGAUUCAACAGCUCAUAUACAACCAACUGAAAAUGAGGCUUGUGGACAGGAUUGUUGAAAAAGAAAAAAAAACUUAUUGUUUUUUUCAUUUCGCACUACGACUCUGUUGCUUGAAAACCACAAAAACAAACAUAUUUUUCU